AAUUUUGCAGAACCACAUAUUUUCCAGGUACAACAGACAGGUAUGAAUGGAAUCACAAGUAUAGAUGACAUACAUGUAAAACCUCAUCAAACAUCACCUCACUCAACCACCCCGUCUCUCAGCCCAAGGCUAAGUCCUUCUGAGAGUUUUUACUUUAACCAUUUCCCCCACAGGAGCUCUGUAUCUUAUUACCCUGAGUGCAAAGUAAUUCCAAAUCCCAUGUCUGACUUCAUCCUAGCUGAAAACACAUCUGACUGUCAUUUGGAGGAAAUUAAGGUAGAAGGCACCUCGGACAAUCCCGUGACUCUUUCCGAACAGUCUCCAAUGUCGGUGUUUAGAGGUGAGGACAUGGGUGAUGGGUGGGAGAGUGGAGAAUAUCGAGGAACGGACAGUCCACUCUUUAUGGUUUGGCCGGAGGAUAGUGAUGAAGACAACGAGGAGAGCAGAUUUAAUGUGAGCUUUAGGGCAGCCAGUCAAGAGGACAAGGAGUUUGUGUGCCCUCUCGCGCUAAAGAAAAUUAUGUCUGGACCAAGUAAAACUCUGAAUGGUUUGGAAGCCAAAACUUCUGAAGCACCAAAAGUUCUGUGUCGUCAAAGCCUCGGUCUGGUUUACAUCACUAUUGAUGAGAACUACACAGAGGGCACACUGGAGCUCCUGUCUGAUUUAAUACAACCUGGUUACUACCCCCCAAGGGAUAUCACCACCCAUCUGCUGCACAACAUCCUGCUCCAGCCACAGUGUCCCCAUCACCUGUGUGUGCAGGCAUUCAGCUUGUUAAUGAGGUCACAGAGACACCACAGAGUUGAUACGACUACAGUACCGUGGGACUGGAAUUUGUUGACCACAGUCAUGGCCAACAGUCAGGACUCAGCAGACAGGCAACGCUGUUCGGUUAUUCGUAUGUUCCUGGAUUACAUUGUGCAGACACUGGAGGAUGAUUUCCAGGCGAAACGCUCUGGUUCCGCUCUCAAUCAAUCCAUCGCCAAAUCCCUAUUGUCAUGUGAUCAGCAGUUUUCUCAAGUCAGGGAUGUCAUCAAAUGGCUUUUUUCUGCCAUAAGUAAAUCUGGAGAACGUAAAGACAGAACCAAAGAGGGAGCUGAACCAAUCAGAAUAGUGUGUUCCCUCCAGAGGAUGCUGUCUCUGGCUCUGGAGGUCGACCAAUCGCCAGCUCUCAGCUCUGUCAAACUGUCCCAGGAGCUUUUUCAUAUGCUCAUCAGCAAUGUGACUUUGAGAGCACAGAGGAUGUUACUGCUUGAGAGUCUGCAGAACACACUGCUCAGGUGGAAGCUGCUGGAACUUCUGCUGGACUAUUCAUGUCCACUGAAAACCACUGUCCCUAUGUCACUAAAUCUGCUGCUUCAUUUUAUGAAGAACUGCAUUCUGGCACCAGACUCCAUGGAUGGUGCAGAAAGGUGGAAGAAGUGGGAAGAGUUGGUCAGUUAUCUCUGGAUGUUGCUGCUCGGCUACAAGGCAACGAGAGGUAGCUCAGCCAAUGAACAAAGAGCCAGGAGCAGCUCUGUGGUCUUCAGGUCUGAAGACAAGUUGUCCAAACCAGACAUUCAUGAAGCUGUCAACUCCUUCCUGUUGAGAUCCGUGGAUGACAUUGGUCAAGCGUUACCCGCCCACGUGGAAGAGUCCCUCACGUAUCUACAGGAUUACCUGUUUGAAGUCUGUCAGUGUUAUAAUAAAAACCCUUGACUUUUACCUUUUCUAUUGAGCUAUCAGUAAAGCUCUGAAUCAAUGGCCUUUAAUGGGGGUCCACAACAUUUUUUACUGUAUGUUUUUACAAUUAUCCCCAUUUAAUAUCUGUAAAUAUACUGUACAAUAUAAUCAAUAUGUUUAGGUAAAUGGGUACUUGUGGACAUAGCUUUUGUAAUUGACAAGCAAUGUUGAUAUUGGCAAUGGUACGACAAGGCAUGUCCAUAAAAUCCUACUGAAUGUUCCUACUGAACUGUGAAUAAAAAAAAU